AUGGAAUAUUCACCUUCUCUAUUACCCGACAACGACUUCAAAGACCCAAGCAAAUGGGUCUUUAUUCAAUUGGACAUUGCAGGCUACGGUAAAGGUCGACAAUUUGACCGUUUAGGAUCCGUUCAAUUGGACAGUGUGGAAGUUUUACGAACGGACAAUGAAGAGCCAAGUGUGAACGGCACAAAUUGGAACUUCUCAAAGGAGAUGAAUAAGUACUAUGAUUUAUUCAGAACGAAUCGUACUCUACUUUUUGAUCUUCCUAACAUCGUGAAUGAUGUGUAUGUUUCACCUUUGGACUAUACGAUCACGCUGACCGCAUAUAUUGCAAAUGGCAAUAAUUGCAAGUUCCAGCCUUUAUCGAAAUCCUACCCAACCAUCCUUCCUCUCUCGAAAAAGACGACUGAUGCAAACGCAUUCUUCAGUCUUGGUGAUGAUCUGGACGGAAGUGAAGGUGUUACGAAACUAACAAUUCCUCACAAUGCCCGUACCGCCCUGGUGGAAAUCUAUGCAAGUGGAACGGCACAAGAUGAAUUCUGGUAUACAAACAUUCCAAAUUCAGUAUAUAAUGAAAUUGGAGGAGCUCAAAAUGCAGUUGCUUAUCCACGCGGUCCAUUGCGGGAAUUACAAGUUCUGAUCGACGGCAAGUUGGCAGGAAUCGCACAGCCGUUCCCGGUAAUUUUCACAGGUGGUAUCAGUCCUUUCUUUUGGCGACCACAAGUGGCCUAUGGUGCAUUUGAUCAACCAACAUAUGUGAUUGAUAUUACGCCUUUCUUGGGCACCUUGACGGAUGACCAAGAGCAUGAAUUUGCUCUAAAGGUGGUGUCGGCUGAACAAAAUCAGACUGUGCUUGCUUGGUUCAUUUCAGGUAACGUGCAAGUGCAACUGGAUUCAUCCAACGAGCGUACGACAGGUAGUAUCACACAGUACAUCGCUCCUGCUGCAGGAAAGUACGAAAGCAACAACGUUGUGAAAGGAAACGUUUCUGAGAAUGGAACUAUUUCUGCCAGUAUCCGAACACCGAUCGAUCAACCACGCACGAUUUUGAUCGAAGGCACUAUCAAGCUGGGUAGCAGUCCAGUACCGAUCCCUGUUAGCUGGAAGCAAAGUAUCACAUACAGCAACGUGAACGACCUAUCGCAAAAUAUUAGCUCUACUUUGCAGGAAGCCGAAGGAUCGUUCACAUCUCAGCAUGGAGGAGAGGUUGUAUUAGCGCAUACAUUCUCUUAUCCGUUCAAUCUGACCAGUGUAGGAAACGACACAACCCUAGAACAUGGUUACCAUAUUUCCACUUCGUACGGCCCUUCAAUCGCUUCAACGAUCAAAGAGCCUUUGAAUCAAAAAGUUGACAUGACCCAAAAUGGUCUUGCUGUUACAAUAAUUGAGGGUAAUCCUCCCACGGCCAAUGGAUAUGGAGAAACGAUGACGUCGUACAGCUAUGAAGACAGUAGUGGAAACACUUUCACCCGGGACAACAGCGUUUCGCAUCAAGCCAUCACGCAUGACCAGGUUGGCGGUUCAUUAGCUUCGCAAGCAGGUCCAGUGUAG